AUCGUUUGCAUCACUCGCCGAGACGCGUUUGCCGAAAGCAGCUGCGCUGAUGGCCACGGUGAAGGAGAAGGCGGCAGCUUUGAAUCUCGCCGCUGUGUAUAGUCCCGCCAAUAAACCCCCAGGCUUCAGCUUGGCACAGAGACCAUUUGGAGCUACUUAUGUUUGGAGCAGUGUUAUCCACGCACUUCAGACCCAAGUUGAAGUGAAAAAGCGACGUCAGAAUCUAAAAUGUUACAAUGACUGUUUUAUUGGCUCUGAUGCGGUGGAUGUUGUCUACGCCCAUCUUCUCCAAAACAAAUACUUUGGUGACACGGAUAUUAACCGGAUUAAAGUUGUACGAGUAUGCCAAGCGCUGAUGGACUACAAAGUGUUUGAGGCUGUUUCAACUAAAGUCUUUGGAAAAGACAAACGAUCCGUGUUUGAGGAUAGCAGUUGCAGCCUCUACAGGUUCUCAAAUACAGUGAAUCAAGUGAAGAGCCUCUGUGGAAGACAGGAUGGUCAUUUUAUACAGCAAAGGCAGGAGAAAAAAGCAUUACUUGGUACACCAUCAGUGAGGUCAGAAAGUUUGGAGGAUCUCUUGGAAAACUUGAGUCUAAAACCUGUUAAUUCUCCUCAAGUAAAUCCAUCCUCACAUUUAUCUCAUCAAGUCAUUAAUGAAGUCUGGGGAGAGCAAACAAUUGCCCGUCUCCUGCAGCUAAUAGAUCUUCCAUUGCUUGACUCUUUACUUGAAUACCACAAGAUUGGAUCCCAAUUUCCACAAACAAAGCAGGAACCUGAAUGUAGCAUCACAAACAACUAUCUAGACCGAGAAAUUCUGAAAGCUUUUGGUGAUGCUCAGGCAGAUGAAUGGCUCUCAGCAGCAAUUGACUGUUUGGAGUAUCUCCCAGAUGCGAUGGUGGUUGAAGUAAGCCGCAGUUUACCUGAUCGGCCUGACAAAGUGCAUGUGGGGAAACUGUUGUUGUUUGAUACUAUUGGGAGGUAUUACAGCCAAAAGAAGGAACCAUUGCUAAAUCAUGUGCCUGAAAUCCACCUGGGAAUUGCUGAGUUGCUAGUUAAUGGAAAGACUGAUCAGGCUUUGGAAGCCAUUCAGCUCUAUUUGAAGUUAUUGGAUAGCCCAGCCAGAGAGGAGUUCAGGAAGCUGCUUUAUUUCAUGGCUGUGAUAGCUCAGAAUUCUGAACUUAAGCUGCAAAGUGAGAGUGAAAACAGGAUGGUUGUGAAAAGAAUGUUCUCCAAAGCCAUAGUCAACAAUAAGACAUUAUCUAAAGGAAAAACAGAUCUUUUGAUUUUAUUUCUAGUGGACUAUCAGAAAGACGUUUUAAAGAUUCCAGGGACACUGCAUAAAAUGGUCAGUGAUAAGCUUCUGGCUAUACAGAGAGGCACAGAUUCCAGUCUGAAUACUGGAUAUACUUUUUGCCAGAGGCUUGAUGAAUGUGAAUAUCAUUUCAGUGCCAAAAAGACUACAAAAGAGGAACUAGUGUCUUUACUAAAAACUAUUGAUGAGGACUCCACUCUCUCUGCCAAGGAGCGAAAGAAGUUACUAGAUCAAUUCUAUACUAGUAAUCCAACUAUCUUUCUGCAGUAUUUUGGUGAGAGAGAUGCUUCUGAUGAUGGUGUAUAAUGUUAGACCUGAUGAACAUAAAGACUUAUGGAAAUCUGUACUUUGUAUUUUAUGAAAUUGUUUUAUAUUGUACUUAAAAGUGUUCUGUAAAUAGGGGUGGAAUCCACCUGUAAAACUACUAUUUAAAAACAAUAAAACCUACUGAUUCAUAUUCUAAAUAGUGAAUGGGAAUGUAUAGUUUUUCUCCUAAAUGCCAAGGGAAUACAUCACCAAAAGCUGAAAGCAAGCAUCUUUUGACCUCUUUUGUGAGCACAAGCCCUUUGAAUGGAAUGCAGUUCAGGGUAAAGACAGUUGUAAUUGGAUUACUGAUGUUUUUGGUUGUAGAGUAUGUUCUUGUUACAGUUACAUGACCUCUGGCCAUGUGUCUCACUUCUGGCAGUCUAUCCAAUUUACUGUCAUUUGAUAUAUUCCAGUAGUAUGCUGAAGUACAGCUGGUGCCCACUGCAGACAUGGUCCAGGUGAGUGGUUGACCAGUACCACAAACUCACCAGCUCAGAAAAUAAGUGUCCAUUCCUUGUAUUUGGAGGCCAAAUGACUGACAGAAAAGCCAUUUAUAUUGCAUUAAAAUUAUUACUGAAUCUUUGUAACCCCUUUCUUUUUUUUACAACCCUAAAACUGCAGAAGGAAAUCUAGAAUUAACACCUCAAACAUUUUUUUAAACAUGAUCAUGACCUAU